UAGGCUCUGGAAGUUCAGCGUUGGGGAGAUCCGGAAGUCGAGAGGAACGGAAAGGCAUGGCGGUGGCUGCACCAGACUUGUUGUUCGGUCUGAGGAACAACUUCUACCUGGGAGCGUACCAGGCCGCCAUCAACAACAGCGACGUCCCUAACCUCUCUCCUGAAGAAGCCGUCGAGAGGGACUCUCUCGUUUUCAGAUCUUACAUUGCCCUCGGCAGCCACCAGCUUGUGAUCAGCGAGAUCGAUUCGUCAGCCCCGACGCCUCUCCAGGCUGUCAAAUUGCUCGCCUUAUACCUCUCCGCUCCUGAUAACAAGGAAUCUACAAUUUCAAGUUUACAUGAAUUGUUGGGAGAUCCAGCCAUCGGAAACAAUCCCAUCCUACGUCUUAUUGCUGGGAUUAUUUUCAUGCAUGAACAGGACUAUAAUGAAGCUUUGAAACAUACCAAUGUUGGAGGAACCUUGGAGCUGCAUGCACUGAAUGUCCAAAUAUUCCUUAAAAUGCACAGAUCAGAUUAUGCAGAGAAACAAUUGAGGAUCAUGCAACAGAUUGAUGAGGAUCACACACUUACUCAACUUGGAAGUGCAUGGCUAAACUUGGCUGUGGGUGGCUCCAAGGUACAGGAAGCAUAUCUUAUCUUUCAAGAUUUCUCCGAGAAGUAUCAGAUGACAAGCUUGGUCCUGAAUGGGAAGGCAGUUUGCUGUAUGCACAUGGGAAAUUUUGACGAAGCUGAGACACUAUUGCUUGAAGCACUGAACAAGGAUGCAAAGGAUCCUGAAACACUAGCUAAUCUGGUUGUAUGCAGUCUUCACCUUGGCAAACCUUCUUCACGCUACCUUAAUCAGCUAAAGUUGUCUCAUCCAGACCACAUGCUUGUGAAACGCGCAUCAUCAGCAGAAGAGAGUUUUGACAGAGCAGUCCAAACAACUGCUUGAAGGAGACAAGACAGCCUGUAGUGGUUGGUAUGUUAAGAGGGCACUGAUAAUGCAAUAAAUCUCAGAUCCUAUUUCUCUGCCUUAGUUUUGUAGCCUACAAGAACAAUAUAUAUAUGAACUGAAGCGGCUAAAGUGUUAUCGUUUGGGUAGAGAACUAUAUAAAUUUGUGAGUCUGUUGUUGGUGUUGAAGAAAAACAUUGAUUUUACGCUGGACGUGUAUCAGUUUCAGUAGAGAUGAUGAUGAUGUAUACUACCCUCUACUAGUACUAGGAAGCAUCCUUUUCCUGUUGUUUAAACUAGUGUUGAUUUUACUUGUUUGAAAUUUUGUUGCU